AUGAAAGGACUUGAGAGCGCAUCAUGCUGCAGCGUGAUCAGCCCCUCAGAGGCCUGGGGGUCCAGGGAUCAGCCCCUCAGAGGCCUGGGGUCCAGGGAUCAGCCCCUCAGAGGCCUGGGGUCCAGGGAUCAGCCCCUCAGAGGCCUGGGGUCCAGGGGGCAGCCCCUCAGAGGCCUGGGAUCCAGGGGGCAGCCCCUCAGAGGCCUGGGGUCCAGGGGCAGCCCUCAGAGGCCUGGGGGUCCAGGGAUCAGCCCCUCAGAGGCCUGGGGUCCAGGGGGCAGCCCCUCAGAGGCCUGGGGUCCAGGGAUCAGCCCCUCAGAGGCCUGGGGUCCAGGGGGCAGCCCCUCAGAGGCCUGGGGGUCCAGGGAUCAGCCCCUCAGAGGCCUGGGGUCCAGGGAUCAGCCCCUCAGAGGCCUGGGGUCCAGGGAUCAGCCCCUCAGAGGCCUGGGGGUCCAGGGAUCAGCCCCUCAGAGGCCUGGGGUCCAGGGGGCAGCCCCUCAGAGGCCUAGGGGUCCAGGGGGCAGCCCCUCAGAGGCCUGGGGUCCAGGGGCAGCCCCUCAGAGGCCUGGGGUCCAGGGAUCAGCCCCUCAGAGGCCUGGGGUCCAGGGAUCAGCCCCUCAGAGGCCUGGGGUCCAGGGGGCAGCCCCUCAGAGGCCUGGGGUCCAGGGAUCAGCCCCUCAGAGGCCUGGGGGUACAGGGAUCAGCCCCUCAGAGGCCUGGGGUCCAGGGAUCAGCCCCUCAGAGGCCUGGGGGUACAGGGAGCAGCCCCUCAGAGGCCUGGGGGUACAGGGAUCAGCCUCUCAGAGGCCUAGGGUCCAGGGGGCAGCCCCUCAGAGGCCUGGGGUCCAGGGGGCAGCCCCUCAGAGGCCUGGGGUCCAGGGGCAGCCCUCAGAGGCCUGGGGUCCAGGGGCAGCCCUCAGAGGCCUGGGGUCCAGGGAUCAGCCCUCAGAGGCCUGGGGGUACAGGGAUCAGCCUCUCAGAGGCCUGGGGUCCAGGGAUCAGCCCCUCAGAGGCCUGGGGCCCCUCAGAGGCCUAGGGUCCAGGGGGCAGCCCCUCAGAGGCCUGGGGUCCAGGGGGCAGCCCCUCAGAGGCCUGGGGUCCAGGGGGCAGCCCCUCAGAGGCCUGGGGUCCAGGGGGCAGCCCCUCAGAGGCCUGGGGGUCCAGGAUCAGCCCCUCAGAGGCCUGGGGUCCAGGGAUCAGCCCUCAGAGGCCUGGGGUCCAAGGGGCAGCCCUCAGAGGCCUGGGGGUCCAGGGGGCAGCCCCUCAGAGGCCUGGGGUCCAGGAUCAGCCCUCAGAGGCCUGGGGUCCAGGGGCAGCCCCUCAGAGGCCUGGGGUCCAGGAUCAGCCCCUCAGAGGCCUGGGGUCCAGGGGGCAGCCCCUCAGAGGCCUGGGGUCCAGGGAUCAGCCCCUCAGAGGCCUGGGGGUACAGGGAUCAGCCCCUCAGAGGCCUGGGGUCCAGGGAUCAGCCCCUCAGAGGCCUGGGGGUACAGGGGGCAGCCCCUCAGAGGCCUGGGGUCCAGGGGGCAGCCCUCAGAGGCCUGGGGUCCAGGGGCAGCCCUCAGAGGCCUGGGGUCCAGGGGGCAGCCCCUCAGAGGCCUAGGGUCCAGGGAUCAGCCCUCAGAGGCCUGGGGGUCCAGGGGCAGCCCUCAGAGGCCUGGGGGUCCAGGGGGCAGCCCCUCAGAGGCCUGGGGGUCCAGGGAUCAGCCCCUCAGAGGCCUGGGGUCCAGGGAUCAGCCCCUCAGAGGCCUGGGGUCCAGGGGGCGCAUCAUGCUGCAGCGUGAUCAGCCCCUCAGAGGCCUGGGGUCCAGGGGGCAGCCCCUCAGAGGCCUGGGGUCCAGGGGGCAGCCCCUCAGAGGCCUAGGGGUCCAGGGGGCAGCCCUCAGAGGCCUGGGGUCCAGGGGGCAGCCCUCAGAGGCCUGGGGUCCAGGGGCAGCCCCUCAGAGGCCUGGGGUCCAGGGGCAGCCCCUCAGAGGCCUGGGGUCCAGGGAUCAGCCCCUCAGAGGCCUGGGGUCCAGGGGCAGCCCUCAGAGGCCUGGGGGUACAGGGAUCAGCCCCUCAGAGGCCUGGGGUCCAGGGAUCAGCCCCUCAGAGGCCUGGGGUCCAGGGAUCAGCCCCUCAGAGGCCUGGGGUCCAGGGAUCAGCCCCUCAGAGGCCUGGGGUCCAGGGGGCUCA